ACAAGUUUCUCUCUCAAGGCCUUGCUUACUCCAAGUGGAGAGCGCGAGCUUGAGAGAUAGAGAGAGGACGUUAUUCGGCAAGCUUCCGCAGGGGAGAGAAUUCAACUUAUUUCUGAUCACAAAACAACAAAAGAAAAAAGAAGAAAAAAAUAUCCUCUUUUCUCUUCCCAGCUAACUACUGCUACAUCAAACCGGCUUUUACGUAGGCAUUAACGGGCCUAGAGAAGGACAUAAAGAGUGUGUGCAUCAAGGGAGCCGGUGUAGAUUUUAUGGAGUCGGGUGUGGAUCGUUGCGCUCUUGCAGAGGUCACCAUGGAUGCAGGCUUGGCUUCUGGUUUGUGUUUUCAUGAGAGCACCGAGGGACUCGAGCACAAGCUUCUCUGUGCCACCUUGGAACUUGAGUCGCUGCGGGCUAAUGUUAAGGAGGAGAUAAGAAGGAGAGAGGAAGAUAUCAAUCAAUUAAUCCAACGAAUUCGAGUGGUCACCCACGAAAGAGACGCAGCAAGGGAUCAACUGCAGCUUUUACUCGAUAAGAUCACACAAGCUAACACGGGGGAGCUCUCUCCCAUGCGAUCAGGCUCUCUCCAGCCUGAUAGCCCACAGAUGCGGCAAACCGGAGCAACUUCCAACAUCACCGAAUCCGAUAGCCUCUCGGGAAUUCCCACCCAUAAUUCUCACAGCAUCGUUGCUUUCCCAGAAUCGUCAAGCAUAAAGAUGGCUAAUACCUGCAACAUGCUUAUGGUGCAACAGCGGAGCUCGCCGGCAAACAAUAGCACAGCGGACAGAGCUUCCGUUACGAUCAAUAGCCUUGCCACGAAUAAACCUCUCCCGCAGAGAGGGAAGCUGUUGCAAGCUGUCUUAGAAGCAGGUCCUACGCUGCAGACCCUUCUCUUGGCAGGGUCACUCCCUCGAUGGCGCAAUCCUCCGCCGCCGCAACCAUUUAAGGGUCCGCCACCGGGCGUUCAAGCUCAGACAGCUUCACUGUUCACCCCUAAAAUCGUACCGAAUCCAAGCAGCUCGGCUCGUACUUCUCCGAAUUUAAUCAACCAUGAGAAAUCCGAUGGAGCAUCUCUUGUUUACGUGCAGGCAACCUUGAAUUCUCAAGGUGACGCGAUGAAGAGGCCGCCGCUGACCUCGCCAUGUAUCAUGAGCCAUGACAGGAUGAACAUGAAGAUACAGAAGACUCAAUGCACUGGAGGUGCAUGAUGUGAAGGAGUUUAGCAACACUAGUAAUUGGGAGACAUCCGUCUUCUGUUUAUCUAUGCAUGUUCACGUAUUUUAAUGAUGUUUAUAACAUUCGACUAUUUUCUUC